UUCCGGUGCCGAGAGAUCUCACCUCCAGUCUCCACUAGUAUAUAAACAAUUCCACACUCCACUCAGCAAGUCGCAAGUUACAGUUCGACACCAAACAUCCCCUGCGAACCCAGAAAGAAAGAUGGCAGCACGGCUCCUCCCCCUCCUCGCCCUGGCCGUCUCGCUGGCGUGGCCGGCGUCGUGCAAGCCUCUCCCGGUGCUCGUUCCGGUCACCAAGGACCCCGCCACCCUCCUCUACACCAUCCCCUUCCACUACGGGGCCGAUCUCGUCGUCGACACCGCCGGCCCGCUCGUCUGGUCCACCUGCCAGCGCGGCCACCUGCCGGCCGACUUCCCGUGCAACAGCCCCACCUGCCGCCUCGCCAACGCCUUCCACAUCCCGGGCUGCCGCGCGCGCGGCUGCGGCCACGACACGCGCAAGGACAGGACCUGCACCGCGUAUCCGUACAACCCCGUCACCGGCGCGUGCGCGCCCGGGGACCUGGUGCACACGAGGUUCGUCGCCAACACCACCGACGGCGUCCACCCGGUGAGCCAGGUGAACGUGCGGGCCCUGGCGGCGUGCGCGCCCAGCAGGCUCCUCAAGUCGCUGCCGCGGGGCGCCUCGGGCGUGGCCGGGCUCGCGGGCUCCGGCCUCGCGCUGCCGGCGCAGGUGGCGUCCGCGCAGAGCGUCCCCAACAAGUUCCUCCUCUGCCUCCCCCGCGGCGGGUCCUCCGGCAACACCGGUGUGGCCAUCUUCGGCGGCGGCCCGUUCCAGGUCUCCGCGCAGCCGGGGAGGGACUUCACGCAGGAGCUCGUCUACACGCCGCUCGUCGCCGCCAAGAAGGGCAUGCCGCCCGCGCACUACGUCUCGCUCCAGUCCAUCGCCGUGGAGAGCACCCGCGUGCCCGGCGCCGGCGCCGCGGUGGUGUGCACGAAGGUGCCCUUCACCCUGCUCCGCCCCGACGUGUACCGCCCGUUCGUGGACGCGUUCGCCAGGGCCCUGAAGGCGCAGGGCGCGCAGGGCGGGCCCGUGGCGCGGCCGGUGAAGCCCGUGCCGCCAUUCGAGCUGUGCUACGACACGCAGUCGCUGGCCAACACCCGGAUCGGGUACCUGGUGCCGGGCGUGACGCUGACGCUCGGCGGCGGCACGAACUGGACCAUGAACGGGCUGAGCUCGAUGGUGGACCUGAGGCCGGGGACGGCGUGCCUGGCGUUCUCGCGGAUGGAGGGGGUGAAGGCCGGGGACCGCAGCGCGCCGGCGGUGCUCGUCGGAGGGUUCCAGAUGGAGAACACCGUGCUGGAGUUCGACGUGGCCAGGAAGCGCCUCGGGUUCGUCAGGCUGCCCUUCUUCACGCAGUGCGGCCACUUCAAUUUCACCAAGACCACCGGCUACUAGGCCUUUUGCUGCCUCUUCUUUGGAUAAUAAAUAAAUAAAUAUGUACCUCCUCUACUCUACUGAACUAAGCACUAGCUAGCUGCUACUGGAUGCUAAGAAUUAAUGUUGUUGAUCAUGGCGGUAGCCAGCGGCGGCAUUUGUCACGCCGUUCCAUCUCAUCUUGCAAAAGUUGCUCUUCGAUCUUUUGUGUGUGAUAUGGAUUCAGAGUUUCA